UUUCAGUCAUUCUUUAAACUCUUUAAAGUGCAUUAUUCAUGUAAAAGGCAUGGAUACUUUCCAAAAACAGGAAAUAAUCCAUGGAAAUUUAAGAAAUAGUGGAAAAUUAAUUAAGAUUCCUAGUCGAAAACAAAAACGGCGUUUGAAACAUAAUUUAUCUGACGAACUUCGACAUUUUUGUAAAAAUACAACCCUCCAUGGUUUUCGAUACAUUACAGCGGAAGAAAAAAGUACAGCCGAAAGGGUCAUUUGGUCAUUGGUUUGCAUAAGUUUUCUACUACUUGCACUAACAAUGAUGGUUCUUGUUUGGUACCGUUUUUCGAAAACACCAACGACAACAACAAUUGAUACUACAACCUAUCCAAUAUGGGAUCUUCCAUUUCCAGCAAUCACAAUUUGUAAUCACAAUAAAGUGUAUCUUCCUAAAGCCAGGACAUUCACAAAGGACAUGCUGAAAUUUGGCUUCAAGCAACAGGAAAUCGAUAGACUUUUCGACUUAUUGCCACAAUUAAUUCGGCCUGCUUUUGCCAAUGAAAAUUUUACGCACGUACCUGCUAUUCUAGAAAGUCUAGGUUUAUCAACGGAAGAGCUUAUGAAAUAUCUAAUGCAACCGUGUGAAAAAAUGCUUCUGCAUUGUGGCUGGCUCGAUAAAAUAUAUGACUGUAAUAAAAUCUUUAAAGUUAGUAAGACUAGUGAAGGAUUUUGUUGUUCCUUCAAUUAUCACUUUUUAGGGGAAAAACCGUUAAACAAGACUGACAAAGAUGAUGACAAUUCGAAAAGCCCUUACGAAACUACUGAUAAUUUGCCUGGUGUCAACAAAAUUCAAAUGGUACCUGGCGCAGGUCGAGGAUUUGGUUUAGCAGUCACUUUUGAUGUUGAAAGUCAAUAUUAUAGAGGAAGUAUCAGACCCUAUAUAGGAGCAUCGAUUCUGGUUCACCAUCCUGUGGAAUUUCCAGAAGUCGAUUUACGAUCUGCAAUCAUUCAACCUUCCCAGGAAGUUUCUAUUUUAUUAUCAGGAACAAUGAUAGAAAGUGAACCUGGUGUUCGAAAUUUGCCAGUCGAUUUGAGAAACUGUUGGUUUGAAGACGAAAAAAAACUUAAAAUAAGUUCUUCUUAUGGUUAUCAUUCAUGCGUUUCACAAUGCAGGAUCAGAUUUAUUGUCGAAAACUGCAAGUGUGUGCCCUUCUACUAUCCUCAAAUUUACAAAAGAAUUUGUGGACUUGAGGACAUAAACUGCCUACAGUCUAUCAGAAAAAAUAUUUUGGAAUUGCAAACGCUCAAUGACGUAAACGCGUAUUUUGACAAUUCAAAUGAAGAAGCAGCGUGUCAAUGUUUUCCUCUAUGCAGUGAUAAAUGGUAUACAUUAAAUACAGAAAGCGCUUAUAUGGAACAUUUUGAUCACAAUUAUCUGCUUUUAAAUGAAUUAGAUUUGAGAAAUAUAUCUACAGCCGUAGUAUUUUUUCGUGAUAUCACUUGCGUUAAAUACAGAAGAGAUAAGUGGAAAUCCUGGAACGACGUUAUAGCAUCUCUUGGAGGCAUAUUAGGUCUUUGUGUCGGAGGAUCAUUCGUCAGCGUUGCGGAAAUAAUUUAUUUCUUUAUCAUCAAUGGAUUUUUCAAAAAGAAACCAAAAAAAGUACCCUUAAAACCGACAAGAAAAGGAAAAGCUAUUCAAAACAUUCAGUGUCCAAUAAAUAGCAUUUCUUCUAAUAUUAGUAAUGCUGAUAAUUUACAUAAAAGUGAAUUAAACAUGAAGAAAAACUUGUUCAUAGAAAGGACAGCAGGAAAAACGAACAAAACAAACGAAAUUCUUCACUAUUUUUCAAAUGAUCAAUAAACCGCGAAAUAUAUAAUCAAAUCAGUUUAAAAAUUAUCAAUCUUAAGCAUAUUAUCUUAAAAGCUCUCACCAGAACUAUUCCUCUCUUAUAAAUAAGUAAUAAAAUAACUAAGAUAUACAAAUUAAAAAUCCACAAGUACAGGUCACUUUGUAUUAAAAUUUUAUGUUAAUGUUUAAUAAUUCACAUUUUGUAACAGUUAUUUUUGCUAGAAAGGUCCUGAACUCAUCGCGCAAAUCGAAGAAUAACAUUAUCAUACACAUAUAUUAAAAUUGCACUACUCAGAAUCCUUAUACAAUUAUUGCAUCACUUCUCAUUACUUUCGAAAAACAGUUUCUUUUCUAAACAAAAAAUAGCAUUAAAAUCAUCAUAAUAAUAUAUACGCAUUGUAAAAAUAUGUAAACGAAAUAACUAGAUUAUUAGCAAUAAAAUUCAUCACCUGAUUUAGCGAAAGUGCUUAAAACUUAGCUUUUUAUCCAACCUCGAUGUCAGUAAGUCUUCGUAAGUACAAUUUAAUUACAAUCUGUAUAUCAUUACACUUUAUACG